CCCAAACUUGUCCCACCCACCCAUCCACCCACCCAUAUAAGGGGCCAGCAACAACAAACAACCCCCCUCCGCUCUCGGCUUUCCUCUCGUUACUGCGGUCCAUGGCUAGGCCCUUUCGCUCGUCAUGAGCAGCUCGCGCUUGAAGAAGGGCAAGGCGCCGGCCACGGCGGCAUCGUCGUCGUCCAAGCGCACCGCGAAGGGCACCGCGAAGGCUAGCUCGAAGGGCAAAGCCAAGCGCCAGUUCACAUACGACCCCACCCAGUCCGAGUCGGACGUCACAGAGGACGACGGCGAGGGCGACGUCGAGUAUGAAGUCGACGCCAUCAAGUACGCGUGGUGGCAAGACGAGCCUAGAGACGACCGAGGAUGGCGCUACGGUGUCAUGUGGAAGGGCUACCUCAAGUCGACAUCAGACACUGUUGAGCCCCUGACGUCGUUCAACGAGGAUGAGGACGGCCGCAUCCCAUUCAUCGAUGAUUUCUGGCAAGCUGUCGCAGACAGGCCCCUCAUGAGAGGCACCCACGAGCCGUUGUCCGGUCGGGUUGACGAGAUCCUAGAGACGCCCAAGGCUCUGCUCGAGGAGUGGCUCGCUAAAUGCCGGCCAAGACGCGACUACGAAGCCUACCGAAGACGUCGAAGAGCCGAAAGAAACGAGGACAUGAUCACCAAGGGCAUGUCAGAUUACUACAUCAACCACAAAUCGCUCUUGAAGUUCCGCAGAAAACAGGCCGCGAAGGCGGCGGGAAAGAAGAUUGACAGCAGUGAUAGUGACGAUGCGCCGAAGCCGCCAAAGAAGAAGGCUCGCGGCGACAUGGGACCCCCUGCGCCAGUCAAGCCCAAGAAGCAAUCGACUCCGCCAGAAGAGGAUCUUCCUUACUCGGGCCCGUUCCCCGUGUCGGCUGAGGCAGGCCCCUCGCCACAGGCCGGCCCGUCUCAUAGGAACCUUUCCGAAACGGCGUUGCUCGACUCGCUGUUCGAGGAGCGCUCCUCACAGGACGCUGGAUCCCGAUCCUCUUCCCAGCCAAAGGCCCCCGUCCCGGCACCACCAGCCCCCAAACGUCGCCUUGUCGUCGAUAGCUCGCCAGAACCACCAUCACAGGACGAGCAUGCUCGUCGAGCAGCAGAGCGUGCUGACAAGGUAUCCAAGAUGGGCAAAAUCAAGAAACAGAAGCCAGAACCCAAGUCUGUGCCUGUUGAUCCUCCCACGCCCAAGUCGACCGUGUCCUCGAACGGGCCAAUACCGCCCUCCGCCCCUGCGGCGUCGCCCUCCUUUGGUGUCCUGGAUCCGGGUAUCUUUGGCACUGCGCCAUCACCAGCGGUACCUUCACCGGCUAUGCCGUCGCCGAGCAUGCCAUCACCGGCACAAUCACCGUACAUUCCGCCGGCCGCCGCGGCGCAACAGCGAGACCAGAAGCCGCUGUUCGACUUUGGCAACGCCGAAGGGAGAUCGCCUACCGAAUCGGAGAUUGACAUCGACGAGGCCAUCACUGUCAAGGCGGAGGAGGGGGCUGCUCCAGAGGAGCCAGCUCCUGCCGCUGAGGAGCCUAUGGCCGUGGAUGAAGAGGUGGUCCCGGCGCCGAAGGUAGUGGAGCUCCCCGAGGCGGUCUCUACAACAGAUGCCCCGGCAGACGCUGAGGAGAUGGCCGCACCGGAUGCGGUACCCCCAUUGCCCGCCAAAGACGCGAUCGUCACCCCGCCUCCCGACGAGACCCCCGCGGCGACGUCGCCACAGAAAGAUGUUGCUCCAGUCCAAACCCGAUCAGCCCCAGCUGUCACUGCCCCCAGCAGCUCGACAGCGACGGUGCCUCCGUCUGCUGGACUUCCGCCAAAGCCGAUCGGUGCCCCCGCUGAGGAAACCAAGCCUACCCCAGCGCUCCCUCCGCGCCAACGCGGAAAGUACGUGCAGCCAAAGAGGAUACAGAUGAUGGACACCCCGACUAGCGCCAAUCCGCAACUCAAGCGAUUGGGAAAGCUGGUCACCAAGACUUCGGGGACAGCAUCCGCCGGGCCGUCGUCCGCAGGACCAUCAUCCGCCACAUCUGGACCUUCAGCAGGCAUCUCCCCUUCUGGGCCUCCACCCUUCCCUCUCGCAGGGACAUUGUCGGGAUCAGGCGUCAGAUGGAAGAGUACGCCUGCCGCACAGGUGGUAGCGGCCUCUGCUAAACCGCCGUCUUCAAACUAUGUCCCAAGGGGUGCGCCUGCGGCUGGUCCCGGACAGCAGGGAGCAAGGUCGCCCGUCAACACUCUAGCUGGAGGCAUAUCACCUCUCGCUGGGGGACGCUCCCCUCAUGACGCACGAGGCGGCGGGGCCUCUCCCUACGACGCUCGUGCAGGCGGCCGCUCUCCUUAUGAUCAGCAACGCGGGGACGUUCGCCCUCCCACCAACCCGUAUAGCAACAGGUCCCCCAUCUCGGGCAACUUGUCACCGCUCUAUGCAGGCAACACUCUGAUGUCAACUGUGUCAGGAGCCGUCGGAAAACAGCGGGUUGACGGUGCCAGUGGCUGGAGCAACGGACAGUCUGCGGCAGCGCCUCCCAAUGGCAACCGCUCCCCUCCGUGGGCUCAGGCUCAGCCUUCUUCAUCAGGAUUUGCUCGACCUACACGACCACCACCGGUGGGGCGCCCUGCGACUGUUGACCCCACACGCGACCCAAGGCGAAGGGCCGCUGCGGGAGCUGGAGCGUCUGCCAACCCGGCACCUUCAACAGCAGGGGCUCCUCCCGCAAUGCGACCACCGACAAGUACUGCACCACAGUUACAGCCGCUCGGCGAGCUCAGCGUGGCUCUCGCUGGUCGCACUGGCAAGGAAUCGUACGAGCUCAAAGUCUCAAGAGGCUCGACGCAAAACAGCAGCGGCAUCUUCUCGCUCUCGCGGUACAUUAGCGACGUGAAGACGAGGUCCACUUUCAUGACGGAGAACGCCCACGCCUGUCUGGACAUGGCGCUUGGGCAGGGCGCUUUCGUCCGAGAAUGGGCCCAAGUCCAGGUGGCGCCCGAGAACGCUCGCGCCUGGGAGGCUCGUGUUGCUGUCCUCAAGGAUAGCAACAAUAAGGGAGCAAAGAUCUUGGUUCUGCGAGAUGAAGUGCGGCCGGCAGGGCUCCUCAAGGGUCACGACUUGCUGAUCUUGGCUCGCGCCGAGGACGCCGCGAUUGACUCCAUGCUGGGUCCUUUCCAAAUCGACCAGCUGGGUGUCGUACUCAUCAUCGUCGCAAUGCCGCUGGUUGGAAAGCCGUUACCGACCCUGCCGAAUCCGGUCAACCCCGAUUUCGAGGUCAUCCCGCAGAUGCAGCAGUCGGCAGCGAAUGCUACGACCAUCCUCCAGAGUUAUGGGCUUAACGAUACCGUGCUGUCGUCCUUCCGGGGCAAGACUUCUGCGAUUCUCCCCAAUCUCUCAGGUACCAGGGAGUACGAGACGGUUCAGAAGGCCCUCGUCGAGAAUGGCGUCCUGCCACCAACUUCUGACCCGCCUGAGGUCACCAUUAUCCUCAAUGGUCAUUGGCCCCGGGUUCUGAGCUCAACAGCCCUGCAGAAGUACGUGCAGUCGAACACGACCAAGUUCUACUGCCUAGGGCCGGACCUCCAGCUCCCAGUCGGCGACUGGCCUCUGCGGGAUAUCUGGUACAACGGCGGCCUUGUCAUGUUCUCUCCCAUGAUGGUGAUGAGCGAGCCCGGCAAGGUCCGAGAAGUGCUGAAGAGGAUCCGAUCUGUCGAAAACUGGGCGGCGUAUAUCACGCCGUUAACCGUUCUCUACAUCGCAGAGUCUUGGGAUAAGAAGCAGCGUUGCCCAGACAAAAGUGCGACCGUCGCAGUAUUGUCCGAACUGCUUUUCGCCAACGAGGAUCUCGACGGACUCGCAGGCGACCGACCUACCGACAGCGGCGGCUUGGCCGUCUCCAUGACUCCACCAGACUUGGAGUGGCGCAGAGCUUGCGCCACAUGGAUCGACUGGCGUGAACGGGUCAAGCAGUGCACUAGCUUUGAUGCCCUGAUCGAGCUGUGCAAGUCGGUUGUGGGCGAAGGCGGCCGUUUACUUCGCAGCGGUGGUGCAUCCCCGACCAAGACGAUUGCACCCCUCGAUGCCCUCUCGGUGGACGAAGGAAACAUCCGGGACCUCAUGGACAUGCGAUCACGACCGGAAAUUGUCCCCUACCGGCGGUUCAUGUACAUCGGAGGAUGGGCUCCGAAGCUUGAUGAGAAGCACGUAAACCGGGUUGAAUUCCUGCGGACUGCAGAUGAGUUCAACUGGGUGUUCUCCAACUCCUUGUGAGCAAGGAGGCGCCUGUAAACUACAUCUCCACUCAACCCUUGGGGUGUGUGUAGAGGCCACAAAGGCACGACGAGGAGCGACGAGCAGCGGAAGACCCGCGGAUAGCAGCUGUAGCAAAUGUUGCUCAACAUGUAUAAUAUACGCCACG